AGCCGCUAGAGUCAACCAAAACAACGCGCGUCUGCGUUUCUCACCUUUGCACAGAAAUUAAGAUUGUAAUAAGGCACCAACAUGGUGAAGCUUACUCCCGAAUUGAUAAAUCAAUCGAUGCAGUAUAUGAACCCGUGCCGUGAUCGAGAAUUAGAUCUCCGAGGCUACAAAAUACCGCAGAUUGAGAAUAUGGGAGCCACUUUGGACCAGUUCGACACGAUCGACUUCUCCGACAACGACAUCCGCAAGCUAGACGGCUUCCCUCAUCUUCCACGGUUAAAGUGUCUUUUGCUGAACAAUAACCGCAUUGUACGGAUAAGUGAAAAUCUUCACGAAUCGUUACCGAGCCUGCAGAGCGUGAUACUGACGGGCAACAAUAUUCAGGAACUGGGCGACUUGGAACCGCUAACGAAGCUGCCCAAUCUGGAAACGCUCAGCCUGCUGACGAACCCCGUCUCGACCAAGCAACACUACCGUGAGUACGUGGCGUUUCGAUUCCCUAGCUUACGGCUUUUAGAUUUCCGAAAGAUCAAACAGAAGGAACGCGAAGCGGCCAAUCUGUUGUUUAAAUCGAAAAAAGGCAAGGAGAUGCAUAAAGAAAUCAUGCGGAAAGCAAAGCAGGCCGGAGGACAGGCGGGAUUGGCAGCGAACGCCGGUUCGACCGAGAAGCAAACGAUGCAGAACGCCAGUCCGGCCGAUAUACAAAAAAUACGGGAAGCCAUCAAACGCGCCACGAACCUGCACGAAGUGGAGCGGCUCACCCGAAUGCUACAGUCCGGCCAAAUAAGCGGCGACUUUCUGAACGGUAAUAGUGUCACAGAAACAGACUAAAAGCUAAAGUAGGAACAGAUACAACAUGCUACAUUCUGGCGGAUGGCCGGACUAGGUCGAGAAGGGUAUUCAAAAUAAACUAAAACGAAACAACUGA